CACCCCGACCUGCUAGACUUGUUGCCACGACUUCCACCUCACCCCCUGCGGAAGGAACAAACAAAAGAGCUCAUCAACCUCAACACCGCAAUUUGGUGAUCUACCAGACCCGACGUCUCGCUCUCUACAAACAAAUCGAGAACAUCGCGCAUCGCAGUCAUGUCUGAGCAGCCUUACGACCCUUACAUUCCGUCUGGAUCCAACGGACCCAGCGCUACCGCUGCGCAAAAUGGCGACCCUCGGACGAGGGAGAUCGACAAGAAAAUCCAAGAAACCGUCGACACGAUGCGCUCAAACAUCUUCAAGGUCUCGGAGCGUGGCGAGCGCCUUGACUCGCUCCAGGACAAGACCGAUAAUCUGGCAGUAUCAGCCCAGGGCUUCCGCCGUGGCGCCAAUCGGGUGAGGAAACAGAUGUGGUGGAAGGACAUGAAGAUGCGCUGAUCACCACCAGAAAAUAAGUUACGAACGCAGCGACAGUCAUGAUUGUCUUGGGAAUGGAUGACGUU